AUGCAAGGUGAAAAUGCCCAAAGGCAUACAACUGAUGCAAGCAGACGAAAGAAAAAGGAUUACUUUCUGCAUUCCUGUCAAAGUAAAAAGCUAAGCUGUUCAGGAUCCAGUGCUUCACUGAUUUCGUUAAGACCUCCGUUGUUCACCUGUCUAGAUCAUGGUCGUUUUGUCAUGCUUUUAAUUGUCCGAGA